GUCGACUACUUGGACCUGUCGUUAGUCCACUGGCCGCUGGCCUUCAGAAGCGGAACCGGAUUUUUGCGGCCUUUGGAUGAGAACAAUAAGACCCAAAACGUGGACAUAAGUGUUGUCGAGACGUGGAAAGGGAUGGAAGACGCCUAUAGACUCGGUCUGACCAGAAGUAUCGGUGUCUCUAACUUUAAUUCUGAACAAUUGACGCGUGUCUUAAAGCAGGCCUUUGUUAAACCAGUUGUCAAUCAGUUGAGAACUGGGAAUCCCACAAUUGAGUUAAAUCCAUAUCUAUCGCAAGAAAAAUUGGUCCAAUUCUGUAGGGAUUUCAGCAUAAAUGUUGUCGCCUAUUGUCCGAUAGGACGGGCGGACAAAGAGCUGGUGAAUGAGCCGAUAUUGGUUGAAAUCGCUGAACACAAUAACAAAACGGUGGCUCAAGUGAUGCUCCGUUGGCUCAUCCAGAGAGACAUCGUUCCCAUACCAAAGACAUCAAAGACGAGUCGACUUCAGGAAAAUAUCAAUAUUUUUGAUUUCCAAUUGACUGACGACGAGAUGAAGAAAAUAUUUACGUUAAAUAAGAAUAAACGUCUCAUAACUCCGACCGCGUCUAUCGACAGUCGGGAAUAUCCUGGAAAUAAAAUGCCAAAAGUGCCCAGUAUUAAAUUGGUCGACGGAAAUGUGAUGCCACAGAUAGGAAUGGGAACCUUUCAGAUGCAAGACUCGCAAGUGCUCACCGAUCGCAUCAAAGAUGCCAUAAACAUAGGCUAUAGACAUAUAGACACGGCUUAUGUCUAUCUAAAUGAGCGUAUUAUCGGUCGGGCAUUAAGUGAUAUAUUCGCUCAAAACCAGACCAAACGCGAGGAUCUGUUCAUAACGAGCAAAGUCUGGAGUACUUUCCAUAGAAGGCAUAGUGUGUUGAAUGCCGUCAAACUAUCGCUCAAUAAUUUGGGUUUAGAUUAUUUGGAUUUACUUUUGAUUCAUUGGCCGAUGGCUUAUAAAGAAGGGACCGGUAUUUUGCGGCCAAAUUACACGCUCGACGCCAACAUCGAUACCGACACCACUGUUGUCGAGACCUGGAGGGGAAUGGAAGACGUCUACAAAUUGGGAUUAACUAAAAGUAUUGGUCUCUCAAACUUCAAUUCAGAGCAAAUUGAACGCAUUCUAAGACAAACUCAAUUAAAACCAGUUAUUAAUCAGAUCGAAACACAUCCGUAUUUAUCGCAAGAAAAGUUGGUUAACUAUUGUAAGGCGAGAAACAUUGCGAUCACAGCAUACAGUCCUUUGGGGAGAGCGGACGCCGGUCUACUAAAUGAGACGGUUCUCAAUGAGAUCGCUGUCAAUCAUAAUAAGACUGUACCACAAGUGUUGCUCCGAUGGCUCACACAAAGAGAGAUCAUAAUUAUACCCAAAACCACAAAACAGGAUAGACUUAUUGAGAACUUCAAUGUAUUUGACUUUCAAUUGACUGACGAAGAGAUGAGCAAAAUAUUUGCGUUGAAUAAGAAUAAGAGACUAUUCACUAAAGAGGAAUCGGUUAGGAAUCUGCAAAGGGUGCCAUCAAUUGCGUUGACAAAUGGAGUACUAAUACCUCAAAUAGGUUUGGGUACGUAUAAGAUAACGGAUGAGUUGACCGCUAAACGCAUUGUGGAGGAGGCGAUCGAAGUGGGCUACAGACACAUCGACACCGCAUACCAUUACGGCAAUGAAAGGUUUAUCGGCGAUAAACUCAAGCAAUUGUUUGACAAGAAUGUCAUCAAAAGAGACGAUCUCUUCGUGACGACCAAACUGUGGAAUACGUUUCACAGAAAGGCAUCCGUAAUGCGGGGCCUAAAAGAGUCGCUUCAAAACCUGGGCCUCAAACGAUUGGAUUUAGCGCUCAUUCACUUCCCAAUGGCCUUCAGGGAAGACACCGGAGAGUUCAUACCCGUGGAUGAGAACGGACUGACGCGCGAUCUCUCUGUGGACUUAUACGAGACGUGGCAGGGAAUGGAGGAGGCAUAUCACGCCAAUCUGACCAGGGCCAUCGGCGUGUCCAACUUCAAUAUCACUCAAUUGCAACAUAUUUUGAAGAAUGGUUACGUUAAACCACUUGUUAAUCAGGUUGAGAUCCACCCCUACUUAACUCAGGAGCCAUUAGUGAACUUUUGCCACGAGAAUAAUAUAGCGGUCGUGGCCUACAGUCCGAUCGCCAAAGCGAACCAAACACUGUUCAGAGAGCCAGCGCUCGUGGAGAUGGCGGCCAAACACGAGAAGACAGUUCCGCAGGUGAUUAUGCGAUGGUUAGUGCAGAGGAAUAUCAUUGUCAUACCGAAGACAACCAAAAAGGAGCGACUGAUUGAGAAUUUUAAUAUUUUUGAUUUUCAAUUGAGCGACGAAGAGAUGAACAAAAUAUUUGCAUUAAAUAAGAAUUUUAGAAUAACCAAGUUUGAAAAUGCCAGGUAUAACCCUAAUUACCCAUUUGAAUGGCCAUUUGGUUCACAA